AAUCCCACUUGCAAGAUUUUUGUGAUUGGGAAUGGAUUCUGGAAAGGCAACCAACAUGAUCACAGAAUGCAGCAAUUGCUAUCAAAAAAACCACCCCCAACUUCACAUUCACAGAGAACAAACACGUAGGUGUUUGUCUGUGACUUGCUCUAUUCAGGCCCUCUCCCGCUGCCAGGACAGCUCUGCUUCCAGCUGCACAGGCAGCAUUAUCACUGGGUGCUAUUUUUGGCUCCUGAGUACAUCUCAUCCUUCCCACGCCAGCCCUGGUACAAAGGACACAAACUCCUCUCUGCACUCCUUGUCCUGCACAGUGCCGCUGCCGGCUCCGUCCCUGCUGCUCAGGGGUCUCCGGACACUUUUACUUGAUCCUUCUCAGUUUCUGGGCAAGAGGCUUUCCAUCCAAAGCUUCAUGUGGGAGGCUUCAUGUUGGCAUCCAGAGUACAUGUCCCAAAUAUGUCCAGCCUCACUUUCUGAUCCUAGUGCCAAAGAGCUGCAGACAGAUGACAGCAGCUCUCCUCCUUCCAUACUGAGGAAAAGGCCACCUGUGGACCAAGCUGUGGGGGAAAAGCGGAGAGCGGAGCGAAGGGUUCGAUUUCGUGAGCCAGAAGAAGUCAUUGAACAUGUAAUUUCCUGCUGUGACUACGUAGUGGCAGAUGACAGGACAUCAUCUGGAUUGCCUGUGCUCCUGUGGCUCUUGUUUUGUGCAGUGCUGAUCCUUGCUGUGAGUCUCUACUACACCAGCAUGAAGCAAGAUGUCACAGUCCUGGAGGAAUUUCAAUCCCGACUUGUCAUCUUCUUUCUUCAUAUAAGACACGUUGCUCAGAGGUGCUGGACUUGGUUUCUGAGGCAGUAGCAGUGUCCUCCAGCCUGACACUGCUAAGAAACAUCAGUGCAAAGCUCCCAGCCUGCUGCAGCCACAUGCAAGGAACACAUGAGCAUCCACCUCAAAGAGCAAGGAAAUCACCCCUGCUGUGCACCAUCCAGCAAACACUUGUUCUCCUGUUUCCUUCUUUGUUGUUUUCCUUUGUUUCCCAUCAAUGAACAUUCAUACUAAUGCCUUGAGGUCCCACCAAACUCAUGUUCCAUCCACCCUGAAGAGCAAACAAGUAUCUGGAUUUGGUUACCCAGAGUUUAUAAGCUGCUGAUAUGAGAAGCAAAAGCGGAGAGAGAAAUACAUUGAUCUGUGCAGGCAUCAGCAAACUCACAAGUCUUGUGAGUCUCGGGUCAAGGCUUUAGAUACCAAACCAUCUUUCUCCUCAAGUCUCCUAAGAAUUAUUCUGCAAAGGUUAAAAUAAAGCUGAGCUAUUGCACAGACCCUGCUCUGCUGGCCAAAGGCUUGGCAAGCUGCUAUAUUUAUACACCUGAAACGAUUAUUAGUAAAAUCCCAGCAAAUGGCUUUCUUGUUUCCUUUCAUGCAUUUUUUCAUCCAUGGGCAAAAGGCUGGUUCUUAAUGCUUCACUUGACUCCCAGGUGUAGAAAAGAACAAGAAAACUCAUUUAAACAGAAAAUAGUUUAAUUGUCUAAGAUAAUAAAUAGCAGCAUUGAAACCCAGGUUAAUCAUCAAAACAGUAGUUUAAUCCUGUGGGCUUGAUUCAGUCCAUAAACCCCACAGGCUGACAUGCAGGAUUAAUGAUAGUGCUUGUAUCCAGACAGAGGUUAUGCCGAGUAUUCAAGGCCUUAUAUCAUGAUAAUAUGGACUGCUUAUGAAGGUGUGGGAUGCAAAGUUCCUUUAUCAUUGUCCCACCAUCCUAUGCAUUUCUCUGAAAGGAAUCCUUUUAAUGGAGAUCAUGUGAAACGGUGCUCUGGCUAUCUGAGAGGAGAACAAAUGACUGCAAGUUCAUAAGCUUCAAAGAACCAGCACAAACAGCUUUUUAGAUCUUAGAUUCUGCUCAGCUAGCACCUGGUGCCUGUUUGGGGUUAUUUACUAUGGUAAAAUUGACAUCAGAACCUGUAAGUAAAAGAAAAAGAGGGAAAAAAAGUUGGGGGGCGGGGGGAAACACUGCAGAGAAGAUAAAGAGAUGUCUGCAAGACCUUGGCUUAUAUUCCCCCUGCCACUGCAACCAUCAAAAAGAAAAAAUGGUGCUUUAUUUCUAGUUAUUUUUUUAAAAGAGGGCCAUGCAUCUGCCCCAGCAACCUUCUCCCAGGCAGCCCAAGAACUUUAACCAGGAGAGGACAAACAGCAACACAACGUGCAAUCUCCUCUCCGGAGAAGAGGGGGCAGCAGCUUGAUUGAGAACAAGUCAGAAAAAUUGCAGUCCAAGACAAAGAAGUGCCUUCAGUGGCUCCUCUCAUGCCUCUCCUAAGCUGUCAAAGCCACAGGCAGGCAUUGGACACGGGCUGGCCUGGGAAGCAGAGGGUGCUUUGGGAAGCAGAGAGUGCUGCAGGAGCAGGGUUUGGCUCAGGGGGUUGUGUACAGGUCACUCAGGUACCCCAGCUCAAAGGGUGAGUCCCACCCCUGCUUCCCUCCCUUCUACCCUGUCUCAGCCCUGCUGUUUAGGUAAUAAAGAAGAAAGGUUUUAAACCUGUGUGCUGGUGAAUCUCUGGAGGAGAAGGUUUAGAUUGGUACCUGCAUGGGGCAGGGGGGUAAUUUCAGCUUCUGUUUGCAUUUUUUGUAUGUUUGUGAUCUGUUUAAUGUCCAGGUUGAAACUCUUUGGCAAGUGGUGUUUCUUUUUGGCUCUGGUCUGACUCCUCCUGGGACUGUGAGGGAAAAUGUGGAGGUGGUGUGAAUACCCCACAUGUGCUCACCUUCCUGCACAGCUCCCCAGGGGAUGGACAGAGGAUCACCUUUACACUGAGCCUGCCAUGAAAGGAAAAUGUCCCCAUUCCUCUUGUUGGGGCACAAUUUACUGGUGUGAGUGAGAACUGCUAUCACAUCUGGGCUGCCAGGGAUAUUUAGCAGAGGAACAGCUAUUUUUGGCUUUUGUGUUGUCUCUGUUUGGGACUGUUUUGGGCAUGGGAAAAGGCAGCACUCGAGUUAUCUUGAGACCACUGUGGAGGUCUCACCAUGGCUUUACAAGGUCUCAUGGGUCAGGAUUGUUUACUGUGGUCAGUCAGAUACUUGGCAGGCAGCAGAGAGCCAAAUUAAAAUUGCCUCCAAGCCAGAAGGUUUGAAAUAAAUGAAGGCUAAAACAUUUUUCUGGCAGAGUGGUGGCAUCUUGUAGGUGAAGAAACCGAAGCUAAGAAAGCCAUUGCAUGUGGGAGUGAAUGAAGUGGGUCAAUAACAUGACUGGGAAUAGGAGACAAAACUCCAGCUCCUGGGCCUACAUUUCUUUACUGCUGCACAACUUCACUGUAGACUUACCUCUUUUAUUUCCUUCUCACACUGAAGCUCUUUUUCCAUUCAUCCAUACUGCUUAAACACACAACCCCUUUUCCCUCUCUGCCCCUUCAUUCUUUAGCCAUCACAGCUUUAUCCUCACCACUGUGAGCUGGAUGUGAUUUCUCCUUAUUCUUGUUCAAUGAUGCUUUUUCUGGGCGUGAUACCUUUAUGAGUUUGGAUUUCUAAAGUCAAAUAAAAUUAUCUGUGGUGGGUAAUAAUCCCUUUGUUGGCCAUGCUGGGCAAUAUUUGCCUUCAGUACCACUCCUGAGAAUUUCCCAAUAGAGGCAAAAAGGAAAUUUAUUGCAAACAAUGGAGAUGCUCACCUGAAUUCACACUGGAGCCAGCCUGGUGAAUUACUUCAGAUGUCAGAAGUGCUGCAGCCAACCAGCUCUGGGCAAGUGUAUAAUAAAGCUUGGAAAUGGCUGUGCUUUAGAUAUAAAGGGCUGAAAGAGGGAGUGAUGUACGACAGGACCUAAGGUGCAGUUUUUGAAGCAGACAGUGGUAGGAGGCAUUCCUAGGAGCAGUGGUUGGGGUGGCAGGAGACAAGGGGCCAGGAGAGAGCAGCAGGUCUGGGCAUGACAAUGGACUAAUGGCAGUCCCUAAGGGUGGAAGUGCUGCUUAAAUUCCUUGAUGCAGUGAGUAUGUAACUAACACAGAGCAGAAAUAAGCAGACCACAACAGAAGGGUGUUGUUUUGACAGAGCUCAGCCCAUUCCUGCAGUGUGAACGGAUGGAGGGCAGCUGCCAGCACCCUCUUCAGGCACAUCCACAGCACCUGAUUGCAGCAGCAGCAGUAUCCAUACCCAUGUGAUUAGAGGAGAUAGAAAAAGACACAGAGACAUGACACUGGAUGGUUUUGCAUUAACCUUUUGAUGCACUCAGCAUUAGCACCAGUGAAAGGCAGUCCCAAAGACUGCCUCAAGUCCCCUUCCUUCAUUUCAUCUCUCCAACGCUGAUAGUCUGGAAAUGAGCCCAUAGCAGCAGUUGCAAUUGUCAUUUCUGCCUUUUGCCACUUAGAAGCAAGCAGAAGAGCUGGCAGCUUGUGGCUAUAAAAGGGUGUUACCAACUGCCUCCAAGGAAUAACUCAGGAACCUAGUAGAUAAUAGUGUGCACUUGUUUCUUAUUAAUUCUUUGCUGCAAGAUAUCUGUUGGGAACCUUUAUGCCCACUGCUGAAGAGAAAGACUGAUGCUACACAAAGGAAAUUAACCAGCUGGCAUUUAGAAAAAUGGCCUGUCCAUGCAGCCUGUGGUCUCCCCUUACAUUUGGUAACAAACCAGCUGCGUGUUGACACAGGACCAUUUUCUCCUUGUCUCCAAUGGCAUUAGGGUGAACUGCUGGAAGAGGAUACCAAAAGGGCUCAGGCAGCUGAGGAUGGUUGGGCAUACCCUUAUCUAUACAAGCUGUGGCAUGGAGAUGGUGAGGAACGACUACAAAGACUCUAUCACUGACUUUGAGAACAUUUUUAAAAAUCUUAUAUUGUAACAAUUUAAACUCACUUUCAAAGAACAGGCACAGAAACAUUGACUUUUCAAAUAAUUUAUUUUUAUAUUUCACCAAAUCAUAAAAAGCCGAUGCACUGUUCAGCAAAAAGCAUCAAUAUAUAAAACACAUUAACUCAUUAUCAGUAAUGCUGGAGAGUACCACAUACACUGAACCCAGUCCAGCUCCUACUAAAGCCACAGGAAACUCAGUGACUGCACUAGCAGAAGGAUUGGAUUCAGCAUUUUUCUUUGCUGGGUGUUUACAAAGGGCUGUAUUAAAAUGCCAGUAAAAAGCUUCCCUUUUGAGACUGUAUCAAAACAAUAAUAAAUCUCACUCCCUUUCUGGUUUUGUCAAACACAUGCAAUUGAAGCAGUCAUUACACUGCAAAAGACCAUACAAAUAAACAGAGAUAAUAUUCAAAACAGGCCAGGCUCUACCCUCAGCUUGUGUGGACUGGUGUGGCUGCUCGCAGGAUAAUCUAUGUACACUGGUGAGGGAUCUGCUCCUCAACUGCUUUCAGUGGUUAAACAAAUUAUGAAAAAGUGUUCUGUUUUCUCCCCAAAUACCCACUGUAGGAACCUCUUAAGCAGCAUUAAAAAAAAAAUAAA